UCAAAAUUUUAUCCUCAAGAAUUCCCAAAAAACUUAAAACACGCCAAUGAUUUUUUGACUAAAUCAUAACUAAUACUUUCAUCCCUGAACUCAAAAUUGACAUCCGUUAACUCAAAAACUUCCCAAAAUAGUUCAAUCCGCUUUCUCAAAUCCAUAAAAUAAUAGAGUAAAGAUUUAUUUAAAAACCGUAAAUUCUUUGAUUUUCUUUCCAUUUUUGCUGUUUUUCUUAGAAACGAGCAAUCCAAUUGUGAAAAUUGAUUGGCGGUAAAAUUCGAAAUUCACCGCCGGCCAUUCCCCCCCUAGCGUCUAGCAAAUCCCCAACAGAGACAGAACAAUUGAGUAAGGGAGGUACAUAGGGAAAUAAGUGAAGUGUGUGCAGGGACGCCCGGGUGUCUCCAAAGUAAUCAGAGAGUAUCGAAAAAAAAUCCCUCACAAGUCCCUCGAAAAAAAUCCCCCGAAUUCAUCCCCAAAAGUCUCGAGACAUCCUCACAACAUCCAAUGACUACCAAAUAACCAAAAAAAUCAUUCAACUUUUGUCAAUAAAAAAUAUACAUCUCAGUUCUACUCUUGAGUUCACUGUCAGUGAUUCCUCGGACCUCCAUUGUCGAAAAUCCGGCGAGACACUUCAUUUCACGUUAAAUAUAAAUAUAUAUUCCACGAUAUAUCCAGGAGAAUUGAAUAUCGGAGAGAUAUUCUCACGUUCCAAUAAUUCAGUCAUUCAUUCGGAGUCUUUGGCUCUUCGUUUAUGAUUAAAGUCAUUCCCGGUGACGCUUUUUUGUCUGGGAAUCGUCAACACGGCGUGGAGAAAGAGAUAAAAGGAAAAUGAGCUCUGGUGCUGGAUCUAGUGGGACAGGUCGGGGCAGGGGAUCUUCUCUUGCUGAUAAUAAACCUGAUAAUAAAGAGGCUAAACCCAAUCCCAAGAUGUCAAAGGCUUUGGGAACUUCUGCAAAGAGAAUACAAAAGGAAUUGGCAGAGAUCACCCUGGAUCCACCCCCAAACUGCAGUGCUGGCCCAAAGGGUGAUAAUUUGUACGAGUGGGUAUCGACGAUCUUGGGGCCACCAGGAUCAGUGUACGAAGGUGGUGUCUUCUUUCUGGACAUUCAUUUCUCUGCUGAAUAUCCCUUCAAGCCCCCAAAAGUUACAUUCCGCACACGUAUUUACCACUGCAACAUAAAUAGUCAGGGCGUCAUAUGCCUGGAUAUCCUGAAAGAUAACUGGUCGCCAGCUUUGACCAUCUCCAAGGUUCUACUCUCCAUUUGUUCUCUACUUACAGACUGCAAUCCAGCCGAUCCACUAGUUGGGAGUAUAGCAACGCAGUACCUCCAGAAUCGCGAGGAGCACGACAGAAUUGCUCGGCUCUGGACCAAGAGAUACGCAACAUGAGCAUUCAUUACUCAUUUCAUCCCCCCAAACCACUCCUAUCAGCCAUACGCCAAUAAAUUCAUCAUUCACUGCAUCAAAGACGUAAAAAGGAAAAAAUUGUGAAAAAAUAAUGAAGUAUGUUGACUCCUAAUAUUAUUCAUAACAUGCAGUUCCUAGUGGCCAAACGAAGGGCCUCUUCAACACUAAACAAAAACCUCAACCAACAAUUUUAACAAAUUAUAAUGCUGAAGAAAUGGUUUAUAAUGAAGAUUUAAGAUAGGAGAUUACAGAAUUAAGAGAGAGACGUGAGAGAUUGUGAUGUGCUCUUUAUCUUUUUUUUUACUUAUUUUUCUGUGUGAAUGAAGGAUUGGAUGAAUUCCGUUUUUCCCUGAAAAUCAAGACAAGAACUAGGGAAAAUCAUUGGUCAGAGUGAAUCGUAUCGUUUGGAAAUUACUGGAAUUUUUUACACAAUUACUUCUCAGUAAAUCAUCCAGCAGAAAAUUUUGUAAUUUUUCUCUUCAAAUUCAUUCAUCUAUCAACUGUAAAAUUAAGGGCGAGGUCUUAGUGUUUAAUAAAUGAGAAAAACGAAGUAAUUUUGUAGGCGUGAGAGGCAAAUGAAGAGAAAAAUUAAUGAUUUUUUUAUUAAUAAAUUAAAUUGUAAGUAAAUAGUUGUUAAGACUGUGACAUUUUAUUUUCUAUUUUCCCAGGGAUUUAUUCAGAAUUGUAAAUCAAUCAAAAAUGACUCACCGACAUUUUCAUUACAAUUUUGUAAAUAACUGAUUUCAUUUCUGUAAAUUUUUUUUUCAUAUUUUAUCAAAAGAUAAAAUUUUUGCUCUAUGAUAAAUCAUCAGCAUUUGCAUGCUUUUUGAUCCGCAGUUUCUAUUUUUAAGGUCAACAUUGAAAUAACUGAGUUACUAUUGUGAUUAUUUGGCAGCAUAAUUUCCAUAUUCAUUUAUUUCAAUAACUUUACGUGAAAACAGACUUCCAGAAUAAAACAAUUGAUUUUUUUUUAAUAGUUGAACGCAUUGUUUUUGCGUUUUUAUGAAGGACGAGGCCACUUUGUAAAUAAUUUACUCUGAUAUGCUUAGAUAUUUGCUUUACGUGAUGAGAAAUAAUAAUAAAUAGAAGUAAUGAAAUAAUUAACUUAAUGAAUCCAGAGAUCAAUUUUUUUUUCAUCGAAAAGUUAAUAUUUCUUAUGGAUUACUUUGCAAAUGUUGAAGAUCAGUGGAUUUACGAGAAAAUCGCGCGAGACCUUCAUUACACGAUAAAGAUGUCCUAACAUUUCGUACUAAAAUGAAUAAUUACUGGAGUGAUUGAAUAAUUACUGACAGUACAUUAAUAUUUAUCUCUAAAAUCUAAAAAAAUUGUGGUCUACAAAUCAAUAAAGAAUGGAUUUAAAGGGAUAAGUCAGAAGACAUUGGUUGUAGCCUAUGAAAAUCUCCUUGCAGAAAUUUUUAUGAUAUUUUCUCGUAAACCUUACUGUCCUCGAAUUUUUCGGUCAAUUAACAUUUGAGUUUGAAGUUUUCAAUCAUAAAAUAAUUAACAAUAAUGAAAAGAAAAAUAGUCAGCUUCUGAGCGCCUUGUACAGAUCCUGAAAGCCUUAGAGCCGAGGUAAAUGUUAUUGAUCGCUUUGAUGAAAUAAAUAAACAAAUAACAUAAUGAAAUUUGUGUCGGUCUUGUAAAUUUUUGCGAAGUGGAUGAAUCCACAUAUCUGAAUUUGAUGUUCCAAUUUAAUCUGCCUGUGUGAUUGUUUAUGGAGUGAUUGAAUAAAUUGAUACAAGAAAAAAAAUUGAGAGAAGUCAUCUGGUUUGAUUAAUGAAUAAAUAAUUAAAUGUUAGUGCGCUAGGUAUUGGCAUCGGUAUAAAGAUGAAAUAAAUAUAACUUGUACAAUCAA